AUGGAUUCGAGGAAAAGGAUCUCCAAAGAUACGGCCAAACCAGGAAGAAUUUCGUGCCGCACAAACCGACGCCUCCGAAAAUCCUCCGGCUGCCCCAAGGUUGGCGGUGGCGCGUGCGAUAUCACAGACAAGCUAGAGGCCCUGAAAAGCCUCAUUCCUUCCGAGAAUAGUGAAAUAGACACGGCGCUGCUCUUCCAAGAGACGGCGGACUACAUUGUUCGUCUCAAAACUCAGGUGGGAAAAUGGGUGCUGCAAAUUAAUGUAAUAUUUCAAUUUAUUGUUUGUUGUGAUGUUGCAUUGAUAAAUUAA